AGGAUAAUAGAACGGUCUUCUAUGAUUCCUUUCAUUCUUAUGAUUCCUUUCAUUCUUAAGAUUCCUUUCAUUCUACGUUUCUCUUUCUCACACAUUAUAUAUAUACAACAUUAAAUACACCAUUGCUUAGCAACUUGCAUCUCUGACAGUCAAUCAGGUUGAUAGCUUUGAGCAAGUCUAAACCAAAAUGGUGUCGCAGAUAAUUGAACUUCUGAAGAAUGAGAUUCCUCUGGAGCAGGAGUGUGUGGUUUUAGCUGAAGACACUGUAAAUGGUCUUGUUCUUGUGGAUAUCAUAAAUGGCUUCUGCACUGUUGGUGCUGGAAAUCUGGCUCCAAGAGAGUCCAAUAGACAAAUUUCAGAAAUGAUCAAUGAAUCAGCAAGGUUAGCUAGACUGUUCUGUGAGAAGAACUUGCCAGUUAUGGCUUUCCUUGAUUCUCACCAUCCUAACAAGCCAGAGGACCCUUAUCCCCCUCACUGUAUUGCUGGGACUGAUGAGUCAAAUCUAGUUCCAGCCUUAAGAUGGCUGGAAAAUGAAACCAAUGUAACACUCAGGCGUAAGGAGUGUUUCGAUGGAUAUAUCGGUUCAGCAGAAGAAGAUGGUUCAAAUGUUUUUGUAGAUUGGGUGAAGAAGAAUAAGAUCAGAACUCUUCUGGUAGUAGGUAUAUGCACAGAUAUAUGUGUUCUGGACUUUGUAUGCUCCACAAUGUCAGCUAAAAACCGUGGUUUUCUCAAGCCUCUAGAAAAUGUGGUGGUGUAUUCACAUGGUUGUGCUACAUUUGAUGUCCCUCUGGAGGUAGCUAGAAAUACCAAAGGUGCUUUAGCUCAUCCUCAGGAGUUUUUACACCACAUGGGUCUGUAUAUGGCCAAAGAAAGGGGAGCCAAGAUAGCAAAUGAAGUGUUGUUUGGAGCAGUGGAGAAGGUAUAAACCUUGUUGCGUGGCCCUUCUAAAUGCAUCUAAGAUACUUAUAUAAGGUUGGUCUAAUAAGUGUGGAGGUGAUCCCCAUUGGACUAAAUUUUAUGAUAUGUAAAAUACAAACGGGGUGACUGAUGACUCCUUUGCAAAGUGUACCGAAUAAUUAUGUAGUAAUAAAAAUAAGUUUGUUUGCACGGA